AUGAAUCCAGGAAUACUGAAACCAAUCCUUCCUUCCCCAGCUGCAAGCAAUCAUGGCCAUGGCUACAAAUUUACCCACAAGGGCAGUGCGGGCAACAAUGGCCUUGCUGACGGAGAAUGCCGCAGAGGUCUGUCCUUCUUUUGUCCCACGGUCACCAUGUUGAAGAAAGAUUUAGAGUCGAAAGAGGAGAAGAAAGGGGAACGUAAGAUUUCUCUCUUAGAUCUGCCUGAACUAACCCUACAACGCAUUCUUGAGUGCUUGACAGCUGCUGAAUUGUGCACACUUGCACAUGUGUGCUCUUCCUUGAGAGUCAGGUGUAGAAGUGAUCUUUUGUGGGAAAAGCAAAUAAAGCUGAAAUGGGGAAAAUUAAUCGAACAUUGCAAACCGCCUGGUAAUUCACUAUCAGAAUAUUCAAUGAUGGCUUGGUAUUUCUAUAUGGAGAAGGGGAAAUUCUGGUUCCCUGCUCAAGUCUAUAAGAGUGGUGAUUAUAUGCUUUGUUGUUAUGAUGCACUGCUGAGCUAUAAUUGGAGAACAAAUCUAUUUAUGACAAGGUCUCGGUAUUCUGGGUGGCGAUUGGUUGAACAGAAUAUUUCGUGGGAAAGGUUGCGAGCAACCCCAACUCAGACUCCACAUGUUCUUCAUGUUUCUGAUUGUUUGAAUGAUUUAAAGCCUGGGGAUCAUAUAGAAGUCCAGUGGAGAUCGCACAAAAAUCUCCCUUAUGAUUGGUGGUAUGCUAUCGUUGGUCACUUAGAAUCGUGCAAGGAGGAUGAUCACUGUCAUUGUCACCUAAGCGAUUUGCUGAUUAUUGAGUUCAUACAGUACUCUCCUGGUUCCCACUAUAGACGAGUGGUGCUAAAUAAAAUGAAUGAUGGGGAACAAACAGAUGGUGGAGGAGGCGGCCUUUAUGGUGGAAUAAAAAAGCUUCAUAGUCAUGAAAUUGAAAAGUGGAAGGAGCUGUGGCCCAAUAUUAUUGGGUAG